UUAUUAGAAUAAUGUGAAAGUUGCUAUCCUUGGGGCCAGUGGUGGGAUUGGCCAGCCCAUGUCAUUGCUUUUGAAGAACAACCCUAUGAUCACCCAUUUAUCCCUGUUUGAUGUUGCACACACUCCAGGUGUAGCUGCAGACCUCAGUCACAUCAACACCAGGGCCAGAGUCACUGGCCAUUUGGGCAUAGAACAGUUAAAGGAGUCUCUGGAUGGAGCUGAAGUUGUUGUGAUCCCUGCUGGAGUGCCAAGAAAACCUGGUAUGACUAGAGAUGACCUUUUUAAUACCAAUGCAUCUAUAGUUCGUGAUCUGACUGAUGCUUGUGCUCAGACUUGUCCAAAAGCUAUGAUCUGUAUUAUUGCAAAUCCUGUGAACUCAACAGUCCCAAUUGCAAGUGAAGUUUUCAAAAAAAGGGGAGUCUAUGAUUCAAACAGAAUUUUUGGCGUUACAUCACUUGAUGUAGUUCGAGCAAAUACUUUCAUUGCAGAAGCCAAGGGACUGGAUCCAACCCAAGUCAAUAUCCCAGUCAUUGGAGGUCAUUCUGGUGUGACUAUUAUUCCUGUAAUAUCUCAGGCAACUCCAGCAGUAUCUUUCAAAGCUGAUGAACUGGAUGCUAUGACAAAAAGAAUCCAGGAGGCAGGAACUGAGGUUGUAAAAGCGAAAGAUGGAGCAGGUUCAGCCACUUUGUCUAUGGCUUAUGCUGGUGCAAGGUUCACCAAUUCGUUACUUGAAGCUAUGAAGGGAAAGGAAGGAGUAGUGGAGUGUACAUUUGUAAAAUCUUCAGAAACAGAAGCUGCUUACUUUGCUUCUCCAAUUCUGCUUGGGCCAAAUGGAAUUGGCAAAAACCUGGGCAUAGGAAAACUUUCACCCUACGAGACUGAACUUGUCAAGACAGCCAUGCCAGAGUUAUUAUCGAACAUCAAGAAAGGGGAAGAAUUUGUAAAAACGAGCUAGUUAAAGUAAAUAGUUCAAGUGGCAAGUCUUUUCAUUAAAACCUUUGUGAGUUGAAUUAAGUAGUUUUGCUAUAAGAUUAUGCAAGUGUUAAACCAGAUAUCAUAAUGUAGAUAAAGUUUAUCCAAGUAAAAACAUAACACAAAUAACUAAGCUUUGUCAAGUAAUUUUAUUAAAUCACUAAGUAAAAAACAAAACUUAUUAAUAAAAACUUACCCAGUGAGUACACUGUAUAGGAGGUAACCUAUUAAGCAGUCCACAUUAUUACAAAAAAUUGUCUCCUCAGUUAGGUACAAGUUGUUUAGAAAUUAAACCCGAGUCUGGUCGGAACAAUACUGGUUAAUAGUGCUUUAAUGUGUACUUAUUCACUUUAAAAUCCAAACACUGUUUCAGUCAAGUUGUAGUGGGAUUUAAAGUAAUAUGUUUGUCUUUAGAAAUUAAAAAUUGUUUAUUGCAAGUUUAAUACUUUGUUCUGUAGUGAGAGAUAAUUCAUACAAUUGGAAGUUAAGUAAAAUACCACCAACUGUCAUCCCUUGAAGAAUUCGAACUCUUGGCAUUUUUUUUUCAAAAUCUUUUUAUAUUAAACAGCUUUAAUCAAUUGG